AUGAAGAUUGAGGAUGACACAACUCUUGAUGAAGAACACACAGUGCAACACGUCAACGCGAUUGGUCUGCGCUUCGUGGAACAACCCCUGAGCAUAACAUCCGAUUUUUCUCGCGUACCGGAACAACCAGUAGUCGCGAUCCAAAAGCAGUACUCUCACCUCCCCUGGUUUGCUGAGAUUGUGAACUUCCUAGCUGCUGAAAAGGAACCACUUAAGUUCACUGGAAACGAGAAGAGAAAAUUCUUAAGAGAGGCGAGGCAGUAUGUUUGGGAUGAACCGUACUUGUACAAACAUUGCACGGAUGGCAUAUUCAGAAGGUGUGUUCCAGAGGCAGAUAUUCCAGGGAUUCUACAUGAUUGCCAUGGUCCCUCUUAUGCAGGGUACUUCGCCACAUUCAAAACGGUUUCCAAAAUCCUCCAAGCAAGUUUCUGGUGGCCAACUAUGUUCAGAGAUGCUCACGCUUACAUAGCUCGAUGCGAUGCAUGCCAGCGACAUGGGAACAUCAGCAAAAAGAAUGAAAUGCCUCAGAAUUACAUUUUAGAAGUUGAGGUGUUCGACUGUUGGGGAGUCGACUUCAUGGGACCAUUCCCUCCGUCCUUCAAGAACGAGUACAUCCUGAUCGCCGUUGACUAUGUCUCCAAGUGGGUAGAAGCAGUGGCGAGUUCCACUAAUGAUGCAAAAGUGGUGACUAAGAUGUUCAGCUCCAUCAUCUUUCCAAGAUUUGGGGUGCCUAGAGUGCUCAUUAGUGAUGGCGGAACACACUUCAUCAACAAGGCAUUUCAGGGCCUAUUGAAGAAGAAUGGGAAAACUGUCAAUACCUCGCGCAAGGACUGGUCGCUUAAGCUGGACGAUGCUCUCUGGGCCUACAUAACAACAUACAAAACGCCGCUAGGGACCACCCCCUAUCACCUGGUCUACGGUAAGGCUUGUCAUCUUCCUGUUGAGCUCGAAUACAAGGCUGCAUGGGCGGUCAAGUUGCUGAAUUUCGACAUCAAGCCAGCAACAGAGAGUCCAUUUGCUCUGAUUAUCACGAUGCCUCCACGCACCAAGCAAUCGGCCACUAGAACAAGGAAGACGAACAACACGCCCCCACAGCGAGCACAACAACCAACCUCCGCCUCUUACCCAUGGCCGCGAGAACAGGAGGACGAGCCAAUCAAUCUCGAUGACCUUAUGCUUUUAUGGCAAGGAGAUAGCUAG